AGAGACAGACGGAAAGAGGGAGGAUAGGUUUGGGGAUGGGGAGGUGAUCAUGGACAGCCAAUGACAACAAGGCAGGAGAAUGUUGAGGUAAAAGAAGAAAAGAGAAGAAGAAAAAGGGAAGAGAAGGUAAAAAGAGAAUGCCUCAGGGCAGUACAUCUCAGCGUGGACCUAACAGUACACUCCCUGUCCACUGAAUUAACCAGAGGAGGAAGGGGGAAAGAUAGAUUUUCUGGACAGAAUAAAAGAGAGGGGGAUCCGGUGGUCAGAGGAAAAGAGAGAGGGAUCUACUGAACAGAGGAAAAAGCCACUUGGGAGAGGAAAAGAGGAAGGGAUCCAUUUGGCAAAGGAAAAGGGAGAGAGUGAAGGAUCUACUGAAUAGAGGGGGGAAAAAAGGGAAGGAUGUUUAUCCAGAGGGAACCCUGUAUAGAGGGGACUAGGUGACCUGAAGAAGAGACACUGUGAGCCACCACCUGUGUGUGUGUAUGUGUGUUUGUGUGUGUGAGGACAGGACUGCGCUCAUCCCAGCAAGCCUGGGCACACUCUUAGUCCCAGGCAGCAUGUGUGUUUUGUGCGUGUGUGAGUGUUCCAGCCAGGCACGCUCCAGACAACAUGUUCUCCUAUUCAAAAUGUAAUUGUUUAUGUGUAUGCAAGAUCCUCUGACUCACGCUCAGUGUGUGUAGGUACGUGUGUGGUGUGUGUGUCUGAGUGAGUGUGUUUAUUGUGUGUGUGUGUGUGUGUGUGUGUGUGUGUAUGUGUGUGUGUGUGUGUGUGUGUGUGUGUGUGAGUUCCUGUGGCUCAGACCAGGCCAGGACGAGACAAGGCAGCGGCUCUAAACUCUGGCACCGUGCUUUGUAGGAGGAGAGGUGAAGGAGGGAACAGACAGAGAGAAGGAACAGUGGAGAGGAGGGGGAGAGAAACAGGGAGAGGAGGAGUGACAGACUGUGGAGGAAAGGAGGAGGAGGAAAAACCGUGGUGAACUGAGGAAAGGAAGAACGGCAACAACAAACAGAGGGAGGACUUACAGGAGGAGAAAGUGAGAAAGGAAGAAGGAGAGAGAGCAAAGUAGAAAAGGAGAGGUUUUUGAGGGAAGAAUGAAGGCGCUUCAGAAGAACCAGGGGCGGACAGACCAGAUGCUGGGUGCUAUGGCUGACAUGCUGACUUCCUUGGCAUUGCCCAAUCAACAGUGGCCCGCAGAGAACAAUGACGCAGCAACAGAGCCCCCGGUGAGCCAGGAGGAGAAGAAGGGGGCAGGAGGCCCACGACACUUGGACCCAGCUGGGCUAGAGGACUGGGAGCAGGGGUCCCCCACACAAGACCACCUGGAGAGGAGAGGAGGAAGAGACAGAGCAGACUCAUACUCAGCGGCGGGCAGCGAGGGUAGCAUCUCCACCUCCGUGGCGUCCCUGCCCCCGACCCUGACGGCGUCCAUUAGCUCCGCCCCCAACUCCCCGGGCUCGCGGCGUUCCGUCAGCACCCUGAAGAGGUGGCUGACCAAUCCCGUCCGCAAGCUGAGCGCCGGGGCCGUCAACAUCACCACCAGCGCCAAGGGGGAGCGGCAGGACAGGAAGUUGGAUGGGGGAAGCAAGCCCCCUCCGCCUAUUCCACCCCCACGCCACAGUCAUGGCCUGGGCCUGGGCCUGGGAGGGCUGGGGCUGGCCAGCCCCCUGGGAUCAGAGGACCACCUCACCACUGUACUACCCAUCACACACACAGAGAUGGAGUGCAGGUAUAAUUUGGCCAGUCCUGAGGAUCUCUCCCCGGCAACCCUAAACUCUCCCAGCUACCUGUCUGACUCGCUACAAGGCUGUACUUCACUGGCCUACACACAUGAACCCACCAAUGUCUAUCCAGAUGACAACGGCUCAGUGUUGACGGACGACACCUCCAGCCAAUCAUCAGCCGCAGCCGACAAUGAGGAGAGGAGGAGUGCCUUAGAGAAGAGCAUGUACGUACUGAAGGAACUCAUAGAGACAGAGAAACUGUAUGUGGAAGACCUGAGGUACAUAGUAGAGGGCUACAUGGCCACUAUGAAUACCAAGGGCAUACCUGAGGACAUGAAGGGGAAAGACAAGAUUAUAUUUGGAAACAUUCACCAAAUGUUCGACUGGCAUAAAGACUACUUCCUGGGGGAACUGGAGAAGUGUAUAGCAGAACCAGAGAGACUGGCUCAACUUUUCAUAAAGCAUGAGAGGCGUCUCCAUAUGUAUGUGGUGUAUUGUCAGAACAAACCCAAGUCAGAGCACAUCGUCUCCGAGUACAUCGAGACUUACUUUGAGGAGCUGAGGCAACAUCUGGGUCACAGGCUACAGCUGAACGACCUGCUGAUCAAACCAGUCCAGAGGAUUAUGAAGUACCAGCUGCUGCUCAAGGACUUCCUCAAGUAUUACACCAAAGCCGGGAUGGACACAGAAGAGCUCGAGAAAGCGGUAGAGGUGAUGUGCUUUGUGCCCAAACGCUGUAACGACAUGAUGAACGUGGGACGACUGCAGGGCUUCGAGGGUAAGAUCACGGCGCAGGGGAAGCUGCUCCAGCAAGACACUUUCACAGUGGCGGAACAGGACAGCAGCUUCCUGUCCAGAGCCAAGGAAAGGCGGGUCUUCCUGUUUGAACAGCUGGUCAUCUUCAGCGAGCCAAUCGACAGGAAGAAAGGAUUCUCACUUCCUGGUUACACCUUCAAGAGCAGCAUCAAGGUGAGCUGUCUGGGGGUCGAGGCUCCGGUGGAGGGGGAGGUGGGCCGAUUGGUGCUGACCUCACGGGGGGCUGACGGGACUGUGGUGAGAUACGUGCUGCAGGCCGCCUCCCCAGAGGUCUGCACGGCCUGGGUCAACGAUGUGGGACAGAUCCUGGAGAACCAGAGGAACUUCCUCAACGCCCUCCAGUCUCCCAUCGAGUACCAGCGCAGAGAGGGAACCAACAAGUCUAACAGCCUGGGCCGGAGCAUGAGAGCCCCCCUGUCUUCGGCCAGCAGUCCCCUGCGCCCCCACUCCUCGGCCUCCAUCGACCGCCAGCGCCUGCCCUGGCUCCGGUCCUACAACACCUCCCUCCCCACCCUCUACCUGCCCAGCCAGGGGGGUCAGGGAAUUGGCCUCCAGGGCCCCGCUGAGACACACACUCCCCGGGAGUCUCCUCUGGUCAGUAGGAACUCGCAGACAACAGUCUCGCCAUCUCACGUCCAGCUGGCUUUCACUGACCCGUCUGGUCUGUCUCACUACUCUCAGACCCAGACCUCCCUGCAGUGCCAAGCGGGGUCCAGCGGGCUGCGUAGCACACAGCAGAGCGCAGGAGAGGGCUGCAGUACCAGGGGCCUGCCUGGUGAGGCUGUACCUCCUCCUGGAUCUGUCUCUGGUCCAUUGGCCGGCAAGCGCUCCAGCAACCUGGCCCAGCUCAAUGAAGAUGACCUAUGAACCCUGACCCCUAGGAGGAAGGAGGUUCACGGACCACCACAGCUACAGAGAGAAAGGAGGAGGGCCUCCUCUAGGCUUACCAUAUGUUGAUGCUAUCGUUAACUUAAGGGUCCUUUUGAAGGUGGAUGGGGUGCUUCUGUAAGGUGCAAGGACUGGAUGGAGACUCCUCUUCUGGACUGUUGCUACUGCUUUUUCAGACUGUUACCCGGCGGUUCACCGACAGUCUGAGAGACAUAAACCAUGGUUCUAACGGAAUAUACAGUAUACGCCUUUCAUCUGAUUCUUCUGAGCGAUGUGAUUUGAGGUUGAAGACGUGCCUCUGCGUGGCACCACUAAUGGGUGGCACCCAGCUAGAUGUUGCAAUGGCUGAGGUUACGAAGGAUACUCAAUGGACAUUAGGUAUUAUGAGGACUUUGCUUGUUUUAUUAUGAGGACUUUGCUUGUUUCAUUAUGAGGACUUUGCUUGUUUCAUUAUGAGGACUUUGCUUGUUUCCUUUUCCAUUUUGGAGAAUUUCUAUACAGUAUAUAUUGUGCUGUCUGUCAGAGGGCUGUGGGAUUUGUUCAAAGGAAGAAAAAAAAUGUCCAUUCCUGAUUGGGGAGGUCACUGGAGAAGUGUCUGUGUGUGAGUGCGCACGCUGCAGGCAUGUGUGUGUGCGUAUGUGCGCAACAUGCGUCUGUGUGUGCAUGUGUGGGUGAAAUGCGUCUGUGUGUGUGUAAAUAUGUGCGUAAAUUGUGUGUUUUUUUUGUGUGUGUGUGUGUGUGUGUGUGUGUGUUUUUUUUGUGUGUGUGUGUGUGUGUGUGUGUGUGUGUGUGUGUGUGUGUGUGUGUGUGUGUGUGCGUGCGUGUACAGGAUUGGCGGCUUCUCUUCUUGUAAACAAACAUGGAUCUGAGGAGCUCUACUUUUCAUUCGACUUUCUUUCUACUUUUCUCUCACACUGCUGGAUUCUUCCGACAACUACUUCUAUUCUCAGGCUGUUUAAAACAUGAAGUCAUUCCUCCACUGAGCGUAUACAGUGCGUUACUCUCUGUAGACACUGAGGAGAGAGGACGGGAUAACAGCAAAUGCAUUUGAUCUGUAUAUAUGUGGAACAUUGGAUUCAUCUCUCAUGGAACAGAAUGGUUCUUACCGCAGAGAGUGUUUCCGGUGGAUGAGAACGAGAGAACUCUCCCAUGUUCUCUUAUUCUGUUUGACCCGAAGUGGUCUCUUGUUUGAUCUGGAGAUUCCAGACUAAAAAGGAGUGAGGGAGCCCCCUGGAGACACUCUACAGGCAUGACGUCACUCUACUGUCACUUCAGACUUAAUGGUAUUUUCUUUGAUUCCUUCUCUGCUCCCACCCUUUCUCUGUCUCUUUCUCUAAAAGUCAGAGGGAAGUGAGGACAUGAUUACGGUGGGAGAGAAGAGACGGGGAGAGGAUGGGUGGAGAGGACACAAGGAAUCGAGGAAAAACUCAUUGAGAUGUGGCGGGAGUGGUGGCCAUGCCAUAGCCAGCCUGACGAGAACGCUAGGGGACGGAGACCGGCUGGUAUUUCAAACAUAUGUUUUCUUGACGACAGGAGACAUGAAGGGGUGGUAUUGAAAUGUGGUAUGGUGUCACACAGUCUGUCACUGAAGUCCCAUGGCGAUGUGCCACAGCCUUCUGCUGUAUCCAAUGAUCUCUGCUGGCUCUCGCUACUCCAGCACGUUAGUACACGCAAUACACCUGGCUCAGGCUUACAUCUCUGGUUCUUUCGCUACUCCAGCACGUUAGUACACGCCAUACACCUGGCUCAGGCUUACAUCUCUGGUUCUUAGAUAAAGGACAGCAGUUUAGAGACAGUUAACUACUUGGGUUGUUGUAUCAGUUGACACUGUGGAUAUCAAGUGCUUCAUCUGCAUGCUCUGUGCUCAUCAAAGUGAGACUUUUGCCAAAGGCGGGUGCUUUUAGUACUUCAUGUACUUCGGUUCAUACUGCUACUCUAAUAUAUUGCCAACUGUUGUUUUUUUUUUUUUUUACACAUCAAAAAUCAAAUACAUGUAGUUGUGAUUUGUUUACUUCAAUGCCCGACCUUUCAUCUUCUGAAUAGAACAACAACAACAAAAACGACUGUAAAACGAGAAGAGAUAGAAGAGAUGAUUUCAGCUCUUGGUGAAUUCUUCUCUGUAACCAGUAGAGGUCAGUGUAAGGCUUUCAAAUACAGAUGGCAGUCAUUGGAGAUUAGACAGCUGCAUCAACGAUCAAUGUCUUCAAGUUACAAUGCCCCCUCGAGCUAAAUCUGUUUAAAAUAUCUCAAUUACAGUGACUGUUUAAAUUCAGAACAUAAAAGUUUGGUCCCGAAAACUCCAUCUCAACUCCCCAGUGCUCGUGGACUAAGGGGUGCUGUUUGUAAAUUGGACGUCAUAGUGACGAUUAUUGCUCUGGCAUUUUGUGCAUGUUACUUAAAUAUGAAGAAUACCCCUACAGAAAUGAAGAUAACUAAAUAAAAAGAGCAGGAUAAGGGCUAUAAUGAUGCCAUGUUUGACUGAAUAGAAUCGGUUGUAUUAUAUCAAAUAAAAAGUAUUUGAAUUAAGAA